UCUCUUUUUUUUCAUCAUAAGUUUCAUUUGCAAAAUGAUGUCUGAAAAAAAAAAAUGUUAACUAUUGAAUAAAAAUAGAAUUCUUCGGUCCUUUGAAUGUUAAACAACAAACAAGCCGCUGUUAUUCAGCAAUUGUCAUUAUUUGUCAUGCAUAUAUUCAAUGUAACGAGUAAAAACAAUUGUAAUAGAAACAAGACAUUUACUAAUAUAAGUGACAAAGUGACUACACCAUAACUUAUUAUACGUUCUUAUACAUAAUAAUAUUUGAAAAGUAAACUAAACAAAAAAAAUAAAAUCACAGGCGCAGUUUAUUGCGCAGUCUCCAACUUCGAUUUCAGGUGUCGCAUUUCUCGAAUUAAAUUCAUUUCAACGUACAUAUCAGUCAGUACUCCAAGUACUUUAGUGUAAAUUCAUAAAUACAAUAUAAGAAUUAUAUUAUUUAAAUUUAAAUAAAUAUAUUUAUACACAACAUAUAUUAAAUAUAUAUCAAGAUCAUGAUUAACUAAUGUUAUGUAUACAUAGAUCGUAGGUAUUGUAACUAUGACACUAUGAAUUAUAUUUUAGUGCGCGGUAGAUAUUUGUGUAUAUGUUUGGGUAGAUGUAUAUACACACUGAUGUUUGACAGAUAAAUAUAUAAAUGUGUGAGUUAAUUUAUUUAUAAGUAUAUGUACUCAGCGUACAAGUGCACGAUAUACAUACAUAUAUUUAAACAACGAAAUGAAGCAACUUUUAAGCGACUAAGUAUCGUGGUGUCGUCAACUGCGUAUAGUUUGUUCGACAAAUACAUAUGAGUAAAAUAAUUAUGCUCGCGAUAACGUACACAAGAACGUCAUCAGUGCACCGUAAUACAACUUUAAAUAUCACUGGAAUAGGAUGCAGCGAGGUCAGUUGAAGGACCUCUCGUCCUGGAUGGCUCGACUGUUACCGGAGCCGUUUGACAAGACAGACACAUUAAAGAUGUUCAGUUCUAAAUCAUCAACAUCCACUAGCACAUUUUACACUGAAUUGGAAGACGAGGAAGAAGCUACCGACAACAAUGAAGAUAGUUUAAAGGCGCAAGAACAAGUACAACAAUUAAAUAAGAGUAAUCACAAUAACUUGAGGGAUUCACAAUCAUUGGAGCGACAAAGUGCAACAAGUGAUGAUGGAAAUUCGCAAGAUUCUGACUCAGUUAUGGGUUCAGAUGAGCACCAGCAGCAACAGCAGUUGCAACAUAAACAAUCAUUUACCAGUCAUUCAUUUCCGCGAAUUAGUUUUAGUGGGUUUCCAAGGUUUCAAUCGUUUAUUAUGUCUACUUCAGGCUCAGAAUCUACAGACAGUAUUACUACCCAAGAAACAUCUUCUAUCGUUCAAAUGACCCACAGUGUUUUGGAGUACAGGUCUAGCAGGUAUGUGACAACAAAGAGAAGUUCAAAUCAGUAUACAAUUGACUCAUAUCCAGUAAGUGAAUCAGAAAGUGAAGAAGAGUCUGAAACACGUUCAUCUGAAACAGAGUUUACAAUAGCUACAGACGAACCCGAAGAAAAUAAUAUACCGUCCGAAAAAAUAAUAACUACUUCUAAAGAUACAAAUGACGUAAAACGUAAACGAGCUAAAAAAGUAGCCGAUGAAUUAUUAGCUACAGAAAAAACAUAUGUUAAUAUAUUACAUUUAAUAGAUCAAGUAUUUCAAUUUAGAGUCGAUCAAGAGAAUCGCGCUCAUCCAAUGUUUCCUCCUGAUACUGUACAACAAAUAUUUUCAAAUAUCAAAUCUAUUUAUAAAUUUCAUAAUGAUUUUUUAUUGCCACAAUUAGAAGAUAGAAUGAAAAUAUGGGACGAAGACUCGCGCAUCGGUGAUAUUAUGAAAAAUUUUGCACCAUUUUUAAAAAUGUACACUGAGUAUGUUAAGAAUUUUGACCACGCCAUGAAUUUAAUUCAUACGUUACAACAAAAAGUACCGAGAUUCGCUGCUAUUGUUAACGAAAUACAAAAGCUUGAUGUCUGUGCCAAACUAUCACUCACCCACCAUAUGCUUUGUCCAAUACAAAGGCUACCUAGGUAUGAAUUAUUGUUGAAGGAUUAUUUAAAAAAUCUCACCGAGGAUAAUCCCGAUUUUUCAGAUACAAAAAAGGCACUAGAACUAGUUUCAACAGCAGCGAAUCAUAGUAAUGAAGAAAUGAAAAAAAUAGCUAAAUUUAAAAAAUUAUUAGAAAUACAAGAAAAUAUAUAUGAUCCCUUGGAUCUAGUCAGUGCAACAAGAGAAUUAAUUAAGGAAGGUCGUAUUGUUAAAAUUUCAGCGAGAAGUGGAGAUCAUCAGGAUAGACACUUAUUUCUAUUUAGUGAUAUAUUACUUCUGUGUUCUAUAAGACUGAUACCUGGACCCUUGUAUCGACUGAGAGCAAAAUUUUUGAUAGAAAAUUUAGACGUUAUUGAAGGCGACAACUUAGAAACAGCUAAUACAUUUUACCUAAGAGAUUCCAAUAAGAGUGUUGAAUUAUAUACACAUUCAGCGGGUGAAAAAGCAGCUUGGCUUGACGCUUUAUUCCAAACAAUGCAAGAAAUAAUGAGGCGAAAAGCCAGUCUAAAAAUAGGCAACGAAAAAACUUCUCUUGUUAAAGCUGAUGACGUGACAAGAUGUAUGGUUUGUGAAGCUAUUUUUUCAGUUAUGAAAAGAAAACAUAAUUGUCGGGCUUGUGGUAUAGUAGUAUGUAGUAAAUGUUCAAAUCAAAAAUUGUUAUUCGAAGAUAAUAAAAAUAUGCGAGUAUGUAGACUAUGUCACGCUGCACUUACUCAGCCGUUGAGUAAAUCUCCAUCGUCACCCCCAGGACCAGUACCAAGUCUUCUUCAUGUGUCAGCCAAUGCUCCAUGUGUUUUAUCUGGUUAUUUAUUAUUAAAAACACAAGCCAGCAAGCCCUGGACGCGGAGAUGGUUUGCAUUGCACCCAGACUUUGUUCUUUAUACAUUUAAAUCCGAUUCUGAAAGUCUCGCGUUAACUGCGACGCCAAUGCCUGGUUAUACAUUAACAGAGGGUAAUGAAUUACCAGACUAUGACCCGCUUAGUCAACGGGAUAGAAAAGGAUCCUUUAAAAUUUAUCAUUCCAGAAAAUGUUAUUAUCUUCAAGCUUCAAGUUUUGAAGAUAAAGAAAGGUGGACGCAUGCCUUAAGUUUAGCAACCAAGGCAGAGUUACCUCAUCCAGUGACUGAAGAAGACAAAGAAACCGAACAAAGUCAAUAAUUAGCUAAUUUAAUUAUUAAUUUGAA